UGCCUUCUUUUUUGCCUUCUCCUCCACGUCUCAUUAACCAAAAUAAACCCCAUUCUUUCUAUAUAAAUACCCCCUUCUGCCCUUAAACUUCUCUUCUUUCUCUUUUCCUCUCUCACAUUUCUAAUAUUUUCACGUUUCUCUGCAAUCCAAGCAAACCCGAAUAAUAAACAAAUUUCCAGUUCCUCGUUCUCUGUGUUUUUCUUCUUCUGGGGUUUCGGUGUUGCCGGAGGUUUUCAAAAAGAGUACAUUUUAGGCAUUGACACGUUUCCGUUCAUUUCCUGCUUUGUAAAUCAGGACCAUAAUAUGUGGUUGUAUCUGCUGGUUUUUGUGGGCUAUGGGGAGGUUAACAGUUACCUACUGCCAAUUGCCAAAUAUUUAGCAUUUGGACCGGUGUUUAAAUUUAUUUAUGAGACCUCUCAGAUAACUUGCUGUUUAUUCAUUCAAAGUUUAUUUAAGCUUGACUGACUAGAAGAGGUUAAGAAGCGGGAAGAUGUGCAAUUUCCAGGGUUCUUUUGCUUGAUGGACCAUACGCCUGGCUGCAGUGAUAAGGUUACUUUGAAGAGGUGGUUUUUCAUUGACAAAAGGGUUGGUUAGAGCAGAGUUACUCAAAACCGUGAUCAACUGUUUGCAUAAUUUUAAACUUGGAUUCUGCCAUAAAAAGAUACUGGGCACAAUGGACCUGAAAUCAAAUACAUCCCCUGUUGUCACCGAUCCUGUCCCAAUGUCUCAGUCCAGAUUGGGCAUCCACUCUGCUUUGAUGCCAUAUUCUCCGGCUGGGCCAACUUUCUCGCCCACACUCUUCCUUACUAUCCCAAGGAAGAAGUCGGGAAUUCUAGAUGAUGUUAGAUCAAACACUUGGUUAGAUGCCAUGAAAUCGUCAUCUCCUACUCAUAGAAAGAAAAGUAAGGAUUCCAGUGCUGAAAUAGCACCAAAUGAAAAUGAUCUUGCCUACCGCAUCUGGAUGCUCAAGUAUCCCUCAGCACUUUCUUCAUUUGAGCAAAUCAUUAAUUAUGCAAAAGGCAAAAGAAUUGCACUUUUUCUGGACUAUGAUGGGACUUUAUCACCAAUUGUAGAUGAUCCAGAUCGAGCUUUCAUGUCUGGUGCUAUGCGUUCUGCUGUGAGGAAUGUGGCUAAAUAUCUUCCCACGGCAAUUAUUAGCGGGAGAAGUCGUGAUAAGGUAUAUGACUUUGUCGGACUACCUGAACUUUACUACGCUGGUAGUCAUGGGAUGGAUAUAAUGAGCCCUGUUCGAUCCAUUUCUGAUGACUAUAGUUAUACUAGAUCUACUGACAAGCAGGGCAAGGAAGUUAAUCUUUUCCAACCUGCAAGUGAGUUCUUACCAAUGAUCGAUGAGGUUUUUAGAUCUCUUGUUGAGCUCACAAAUGACAUCACCGGAGCAAAGGUUGAGAACAACAAAUUCUGUGUUUCUGUACACUACCGUAAUGUAGAUGAGAAGAGUUGGUCAACUAUUGGAGAAUCUGUUGAUGAAUUGUUAAGACACUACCCACGCCUGCGAUUGACACAUGGCCGGAAGGUUUUGGAAGUCAGACCUGUGCUUAACUGGGACAAGGGGAAAGCUGUUGAGUUCUUACUUGAAUCGUUGGGGUUGAAUAACUGUGAUGAUAUUCUUCCCAUAUACAUAGGAGAUGAUCGGACAGAUGAAGAUGCAUUCAAGGUUUUGAGAGAGGGAAAUAAAGGUUAUGGAAUCUUAGUAUCUUCUGCACCAAAAGAAAGCAGUGCAUUCUACACUCUGAGGGAUCCAUCUGAGGUGAUGCAAUUCCUCAAGCGCUUGGUAUCAUGGAAGAAGUCAAGUGCUUGUAGCAAUUAACUAUUCAAUACAUAUACCCCAUUUUGUUGAAUUCUUUUCAUAUGAAAAUCUAAUGACUGGCGGAUGGUUAAGGGAGCAGAGGUGCUUAGUGAGUGACAGGAGUCUAGUUCACUGUUUCUGCUCAGAACUUUUCUUUGUAAAUUCCUUUUCGUAAUUGCUGCACCAAGGAUGCCCUUAGGCCAAUUGUAUAGUCAUCUUCAUAUUUUAUUUUUUAUUUUCAAGUGCUAUGUUGUUUAACUUUGGCUAUCAGUUCUCCCCAAGGGAGAGUGUACCAACAACUGAAAUGCUUAAUACAAACUGAAUUUCUUUAUUUAGU